AUGAGUGACGUAUACGGAACGCAGUACGUAGUGUUUCCUACGGAGGUAGAGCAAAUUGUAGAACGAUUGGAAGACCAAUUGCCUGACAAGAUUGGACGAUCCACGCAUUGGCUAGAGUAUCACCAUAUCAUGGAAAAGCUAAAUUUACAAGCUCAUCAGUCUGCACGACACAAACAAGAUAAUUUUGUGGUGGAAACUUUGCUGACGUUUGACAAAUUUUCGAUUGUCAUAACUAAUUUGCUAUCAUUGGAGUAUUGGAAAGCAAAUAUAUUGCCAUUUCUUCAGUGCCGUGAUCAGGACGCUGCGUCUUUGCGACUGUACUUUGUUGUGUAUCACGAAGCCACAUUGACAAACUUGCUGGAGGUCGCAUUUUACCACGAGCACGUUGUUGAGAGCCUAACUGACGAUCUGCUGCUUGAGCUCAUUGACUACUGCAUGCGAAAGCUUUCAUGGCUGAUCGGUUAUCCUCGUGAUCGUAUUGCAGAGGCCACGAGUUUUCACAAAUCUGGACCAGAAUUAGUGCAGAUGAUGAAAGCACAAAGUCCCUGUGAAGAGCUAGAGCGACAGCGUAUGGAAAUUGAAUUUCGCGUGGCUGUGCAGACUGUGACUAUACUGCGCUACGUGACAGAGAGACUUUACAUGCUUCCACUAGAUAUUGUUUCUCGUCUCUUAGACAAGCACGAUGCUCUCCUUACACUUGUGGCGUUGGUUGAAAACCCACCAUGGACGCACAAAGCUGUUGCCAGGAUACCUACAGCCAAAUCUAACGAGGCUCAAACAACUGAAGUCAAGUGGAAAAAAUUUGUCGAUCAGAAGUGGGUUGUAGUAGAACCUAGAGAUCUCCUUGCGCUCACGACAACUGAAGCCCAGGUGUGGCUGGCCAUCUAUUAUUUGCUGUGCACCAAGUCGGCACGUGAGCAUUAUGAGAUGACGCAGUAUCGAAAGGAUCAGCUUUUACGCGUUCGCAAAUACCUGAACGAAAUCUUAAUGGAUCAGUUGCCACUUCUUGCUGAUGUCCAGCGAUAUUUGGACGAAUUGGCCAUUGUCCAAGUUGGUAGCACAUCUGUUCCUGGCAAGAAAAGUCUUAUCAUGGAGACAGUGCCAUAUUUACGCGAGAGUCUAUUUCGGAACUUCAGCGCGAGUAAUAAAGAUCUUGCACGUGAAUUCGAUGAGCUCAGUGUAAGCUUUAAUCGAGGAGAAGAUCUCAAUGCAUUAGCCGAGUUGUAUCAAACUAAAGAAGUCGAAGAACUUCUUGAGGUUGAAAACCCAGCGGUAAACAGUGUUGCAACCGAUGGCGACGACGCAGCCGACAAAAAGUGUGAAAAUGACGAGUUGUUAAAGACUCUUGUGCCUUUGCGUGUCAAGCUCGAAAUUUCAAACUCAGCGACCGGGAAGACGUCUUCACACAAAAAUGCUUUGAUCAUGGAGCUGAAUUGCAACAAUGAGCUCACACUGUGUGACAAAAACAGCGACCUUGAGUUUGUAUUGACCGUAGACCAGGAGAGUCGAAAAGCCAUGGAGAGUCAGACUCAGCGCUACUAUCGCUAUCGCUUACGCGAGAAUGAGAAGAUGGAAAGCACAGAAAAUCUAAUUUCGAGCCGUGCUUCAGCGAAAGUGCACGUUUGGUUUGCGGAAGCUAAUAUUUCUGACCAGCACGAGGUAGAGCUACUGUGUGAUGAUCUGCAGCUUCCUGAGGUUUGUGAGGCUUUAACAAACUCUGGAAUGAUAAAAAUUUGGAAGCAGAUCGGGUCAUUUGAAGAGUCAAGUCUCGUGGUCGUACAAUGCCAGCUUAUCGCCAACCCUGUAACAGUCUCUGAACAAAUUAAAGAAAACAACGCAGCUCGUUGUGGAUAUCGUCUCGGAUCACUAUACUUGGCAGUGCCAUAUUAA